AUGAGAAAAACAAUAAAUCAAUCAAUCCCAAAAUGUGCAGGCUGCAGUGAACAGAUUCUUGAUAGAUUUAUUUUAAAAGUACUCGACCGGUCAUGGCAUUCGAAAUGCUUGAAAUGUACUGAUUGCCGCGCACAACUUACAGACAAGUGUUUUUCAAAAAAUGAUGAAGUAUUUUGUAAAGAUGAUUUCUUCAGACGAUAUGGUACAAAAUGUGCUGGGUGUGAUAAAGGAAUUCCACCUACGCAAGUUGUGCGCAGGGCACAAGACUAUGUAUAUCACUUGGAAUGCUUCGCUUGCCUCAUGUGCAAUCGACAACUUAAUACUGGGGAUGAAUUUUACCUUAUGGAAGACCGGAAGUUAGUUUGUAAAGGUGAUUACGAAGCAGCAAAAGCAAGAGAAUACGACCUGGACGGAGGAAACAAACGACCUCGAACGACCAUCACGGCCAAACAGCUGGAAGCCCUGAAGAGGGCCUACAACGAAAGUCCGAAACCCGCACGUCAUGUUCGGGAACAGCUAAGCGUUGAAACAGGUCUGGACAUGAGGGUGGUACAGGUUUGGUUCCAGAACCGACGGGCGAAGGAGAAGCGGUUAAAGAAAGAUGCUGGUAGGCAGCGCUGGAGUCCUUACUUUAGACAAAUGAAACGUAAUGGUGACCCGGAUAGCUCUUUAAGUGCUGAUGACCGGUCAGAUGACGGUCUGACUGAGGGUUCUUAUGCCAAUGACAUAGAUGAUCUCGAGCAUCCAGGUAGCAUUUCUGGCGCUGGCGGCAGUGGCGGUCGACUGUCUGGAGAUCUUUACAACCCGGGACAGACCGUAGACCACGAGCCCAUUAUGGGGCCUGUUCCAAUCGUCCCGCCGGGAACCCCUCCGAUGGACGGUGGCUGGGGACAUUUCAAUGGUUUACGACCAGCCACGCCCUACCUUGGCCGACAAUCUCCGAACAACAUCCCUAUCUCAUCACAACAGAUGCUUUCCUUGGAGGCGUUACCUAUGCUAACCGGGCCUCCAAAUGCAUCACGUAUGAUUCAAGCAGACGUAAACGAAAAUUCCCAACAAGGUUAUAUCGAAUAUCCACCAGCUUCCACACAGAAUCAUGUGGAAGUUUACUAAAACCAUAAACAUUAUAAACAUACCAAAUAACUUAUGAAAAUAAAUUGAACCACGAAACAAACAGAAAAUAUAUAGAAAGGGAUCAAUAUGUGAAUCAAGUAUGCGAAUAUGUGCAUCAAAACUAAGGCUAACAAUAUAUAGCAGAUAUAUGGAAUCUGAUAUAAUAAAUUGAAUUAUAAUAAAUAAAUGGAAACAGAGAACUAAAACUCUUUAACAAACAGAAAAUAUAUAUUGUAAAAACAAACUUUUAUUGAAAGUUGAUAUAACGCUAAACCGUGAACUCACCGACAAAGAACGUGAAAAUGCACAUUAAAUUUUGACGCUAUGUAGAGUGCAUAGAAAGAAGAAUAAAAAGCAUGCUCAUUUAUAACGAAAUAAACUUGUAAGUUCGAGUAUAUUUAAGAUUCUGAAUGACGUUUCAAAACGGUCAUAUAGAAAAAAAUCAAAAAAGUAAAGCUUCUGCCCAACGGUUUUCA